UCUUUUCUCGCCUUCACGUAUCGUCAGCGUUCGUCUCUCCGUCUUGCAAGCGGUUGCUUUGCUCGUGUACAAAUCGGAAGCGUUGUCUCGAUAAGACUGCGACUCGAUCGACAUAGACCGGCUUGAGGUCAGGGGGAAAGGUCGUUUUUGAUAUUGUACCACCAAUCUCGACUCCGUGUAGCCACGCCUACGCCUAAUUCCACCGCUAUGGAAUGCCUUCGCGACAACUUCCACGAUGGCUUCAUCCUUGGUGGUCGGUAUCAGACCAUCUCGCCCCUCAACCACGGCUCCUUUGGCAUGGUCUUCAUGGCCAAGGACGUCAAGACGAAUGAGACGGUCGCAAUCAAGUGUCUGACGAAGAAGUCGGCGGCGGACGAGGCCAGCUACGAGUUCGCCAUCGACGACAAGUCGGAGGAGCUCAGCCUGCACAGCCAACUGGGCUCGCACCCGAACAUCGUCAACCUGGUCGACUCGUUCGAGACGGAAGCCCAUGUCUAUCUCGUGUUGGAAUUCUGCCCGCGCGGCGAUCUGUACGAGGCGAUCCGGAUCGGCCAUGGUCCGCUGGAGACGGAGCAUGUGAGGCGCUUCAUGCUGGAACUUGUUGACGCUGUCGCGUACAUCCACUCCAAGGGCAUCUACCACCGCGACAUCAAGCCCGAGAACAUCUUCCUCACCCAGACUGGGUCGAUGAAGCUGGGUGACUUCGGACUUGCGACGACCGAGAAGUGGACCUACGAGACGACGGUAGGGAGCGAUCGGUACAUGUCGCCGGAGCAGUAUGACUCAGCCGGCGCUGGGUAUUCGCCUGCUCAGGCGGACAUCUGGGCCAUCGGUAUCUGCCUUCUCAACAUUCUGUUUUCGCGGAAUCCCUUCACCCAGCCGACGGAGGCGGAUCCGUUGUUCCUGGACUUCUCCCGCGACAAGCAGUCGUUGUUCGAUGUGUUCCCGUCGAUGUCGCAGGACACGUUUGAGGUCAUCGUGCAGUGCAUGAAUCUGGACCCGAGCAAGCGCUCCCUGGCUGGAGCCCGCGAGGCCUUGCUCCGUGUUGUUAGCUUCACCACCCUCGACGAGGCUCUCGACGAUUUCUGCUCGAGCGACCGCCGCGUCGUUGCCAGCUCGAACCGCGAGCCCUUGCGCACCCCCUCCAUCCAGAGUCCGCAGGUCGACAACGGAGCAUUCCCGUGGGCUAAGGCCCUGCAGGCAACGCCUCCCAAGCCGAGCCGCCAACUCAGUGUCAUCCCGGACGAGGACGUACCCGACGAGGACCUGUUUUCCAAGUCUGGCACGAGGUCGGACUGGAUGUCGGGUGCUGCGCACACGCCUUCCAUGUCGUCAUACAUGGACUCCAACCUUGGAGUUUCGAUGCAGUCCUUCAACCUGCCGUCCAAGUUCCGACCGAUCCUGCCCGCCAAGGCUGCCGCGAAAGUCGCGCCGAUGGCCGGGUCACUCCCCAUUACCAUGUCCAAGACUCGCCAACAGUCCGCCAUGUCGCUGGUCUUCGGCCGCAAGGAUACGGUAUCUAAGAGCUGGAGCGAUCUGUGGGACGAGGAGUUUGAGGAGGGAGAGGCAGAUAAGCAGCUACAGGCGCUGAAGGAGAUGAACUCGAGAACCUGGAGCCAUGAAAGCACUGUGGCGCCGUCCCCGGCCAUUGACAACGAUGACACGCCUCGCCAAGGCAUGUCACCAGUUACCAAGUCGGCCGCGCUCGUCAACGACGAAAACACGAUGCCUGCCAUGGACGAGGCGCUUGGGGCAACUGUUGACCAGGACCUCGAAGCAGAUGGCUUGUUCUUCUACGAGGCACCCCCUGUCAAGGACGAAGCUCAUAUUCCGCGCCAAUCACCUACUUCGCGUCGCAACGACAUGGACAAGUGGGCAGCACUAGGUGAACGCCGCCGGGCAAUUGCUGGAAGCUCACCCCGCAAGGUCCCUGAUGUUCCCCUCCGAACGGGCCGGCAAGUUGGACAAGGGUUCCCGGCCAGUUCUCCAAUCAAGGGCCACAGCAGUUCCAGCACCCAAACCAACAAAUCACUCUACUUGGGCCAUUCGACUGGCCAUCACUCCCCUCAAGAACAUUCACACACCCAUCACCAAGGAAGGUGGAGCAACCGCGGUAGUCGCGAGCGCGCCAAGGAGUGCCCUCGGAACAAGGGCCGCGACCGAGAUUGGAAUUGGAACUUUGAUUGGCGCAAGGAGAAGCGCACUGCGUUUGGUUAUUUUGGGUGGGUUGGUAACUGGCAAGAGGCUCGCUCCUGAGGGGAGCGCGGAUCUCGGAAGCCGGCUUAUCAAAUGUGGUUGGGCCCACCAGUUUCCUUGAUCCACAUCCGCCGUCCUCACUCACAGUCCGUCGAUCGGAACAAUUGUUUUUGUCUUCUUUCUUGGUGUAAGAGGUGCUGACCCUCGCGGUGUUGGUUUCUGUUUUUUUCACACAUUUGUGC